UGACACAACCUGCUCUGUUCGCACAACACAACACAACAAAAAGCCGCAUUUGUUUGGCGCGCUCGUCUACUAUUCGUUUUGAAUCGAAAUUAAUCAAAUAAAGCAACGAUGGAUGCGGCCGGUAUUGAUCCCGACAUACCCAGCGAUGUCCAGUGCUUUCUGCUGUCCAACAAAAUGUCCUGCGUGCGCUGGGUACCGAACCAAACGGAGGACGAGCAUUUCUUCGUUACCGGCAGCUGGGGCGAUCGGGUAAACACGGUCAACCUGUGGAACCUGGUGCACGACGAGCUGACGGACGGGGAGAGCAGUGUGCCGCUGGUGCCGAAAAGUACGGCCAAAUUCUGUGUGACGGGCGAUAUCGUUGGGCUAGGAUUUAUCGACGAUAAAAAUUUGGCCUCCGUCACGUCGGAAGGUACACUGAGCGUGCUGGAUCUUAACCGUGAAUCGACACUAUCGUAUGAUUUCACGCACAAGUUCAACAUGCACGAUCUGCACACGGUCGACGCGCGGCAAUCCAUCUGUUCGGCCAUGAGCGUUUCGGCGUUCGAUCAGUACAUCGUGACGGGCGGCGAGGAUGGCAACUUGCACAUCAUCUCGGGCAACGCGGGGAAGGUGAUUAGCACCAUACGCCACCCGGACAAUGCGAGCGUGCAGUGCGUAUCGUUCAUCUACCCGAACGUGGUGGUUGCCGGCCGGCAUUGCGGUGUGCUCGAUUACUAUGAUUCGCGCGAAAACGGCGACAGACCGGCAUGCAGCUUGGAGACGUGCCACGAGGACGAUCGGGAAAAGACCAUUCCGAUGUGCAUCAACUAUCUGCCCAAGUAUAAGUCGCUGGUUCUAGUCGGUCUGGAGAACGGUUCCAUACUCGAUUGGGACAUUCGCAAACCGUACCAAGCGUCUCGCGAGUUUAGCGACCAUGGUGACCCCGUUACCGAUUUACAGUUUGCCAAGGAACAGGACAUCAUGUUCAGUGCCGACACCGGUGGCCUCAUUACGGAAUGGACCCUACGCAAUCCGUCCGCGUUUGGCGCUUACUUCGUGGAAAGUCGCCAGCCGCGCAUGAAAGACUUUAAGCCGAUCAACUCGAUCGAUACGAACGUGCGGCAGGCGAUAUGCUGCGGUGAUUCUGAAAUGGUGUUCAUUAUGGACCUGUUUUAGUGUUCCUGCGUGUUUCUCUCAUCAUUAAACCAGUAAGACAAAUUAAUCAGACAGA